CAAAUGGGAAGUAAAAUGUUUUUAUCUCUUUGUUGUUCGUCGUUACGAAAUUGGUAAUGAAUGUAGAGGAUGUUAAUGUAGAUUGUUAACGAAGGUUUUGAGUCGACAUAAUACUUUAACAGCAAGCAACAUUUAGUUGCGCCAGUCAAUCGUGUGCAAUCAAACGAAAUUCAUUUGCGAUUGUCUCUCUGUUCAAAAAUUAAACGAAAGAUGAAAUCUACUGUUGUUUUUGUUUUGACCAUUUGCUGUGGUUUAACUUUUGCAUCCUUUAGCAGUGAUUGUGGUUCAGAGGUCGGCACAGUUAAUUCUGUAACAGUAUCAGGAUGUUCUGAAGACGAUGACAGAUGUACUCUUAAGAGAAAUACCGAUGCAAGUGUAGAAAUCAAUUUUACUCCAAAAAAAGAUAUCGAUGUGGUCAAAGCUGUAGUCCACGGAAUUCUUCUUGAUAUCCCAGUACCAUUUCAUUUAACAAACGAUAAUGGAUGCGUGAACUCAGGCUUAACAUGUCCAUUAAAAGCUGGACAAACUUAUUUGUACAAAGCAACUCUGCCAGUUUUGAAAAAAUAUCCCCAAGUUACUGUUACCGUAAAAUGGGAACUUACUGAUCAAGACAAGAAAGAUAUUACUUGCACUUUCAUUGCAGCAAAAAUUAGAUAAGAAAAUUCAUCUAAGUAAGAGCAGAGUAAAGAAAAACCGAUUUAGAUAUCAAAAAUUUGAUCUUACAGGUAAUUAACAAAUUAAAAAGUACUACA